CAGAAAAAAAUYACUUCCUCCCCCACAUGCACGGUGGAGUGAUUUCAGUGUUCCACACGAAGAGAAMAAACCGCGAAGAUGGGAUUGUGGAAGGCUAGUUCCAAAAGUUUCCUAGCUUUCACCUUCUUCGCCGGAUACAUUUCAACAAUCAUCAAUCUCAGAUUGUCGAAUGAUCGAAUUCUGAAGCACAUCGAUUACGACGAUUKGGAAAAUUUCGCUGCAACUAAGAAGAACGGAGCGAKUAUUACACGAGGGACACUAUGGGAUAGCAAACGUGAUGGUGGCAUUUACAAACGUGAUGCAUCCAAAGUGCAAAGAAGACAGCGUACUGCCGACGAAGCUGACACAAUUAUUGCGAACCCCGCGUACUCGGACUUGAAAGAAGAAAUAGCAUCAAUGGUUGCAAACCAAACCUGGGUUUUCAAAACAUCCUACGAACAAUCCAUAAUCAUAGCAGGAAAGGRAAAGACGCAACUAGUAUCAGAACGACCACCCGGUGCUACCWCGAAAUUGGUCUGUCGCGAAACAUGCUGCGUCGAACGCGUCUGGAUCAGCGCAAACCAAGACGACCGAAAGCUUCUAAACUGGAGAAACGACAUAUACGAGCUGGGAGACGUUAUGAUUCAGCAGUUUGAAAACGACGACGCAUCGUUGCAUGCUACUAAUUUACAUUCGGAAGAUUUGAUCCCGUGUUUUGUUCCAAACACCAUUAUUUCCGUGGAUAAUUUUGGCAAGUCCAUCGAUUACUUYUGGCAGCAAAUCCGGCCAAAAAUAAAGGUUCCUUUUUUGUUGGUGACCGGUGGAUCGGAUAUGAACUCUCCGUACUUCACCAAAAACCAUGCAACAAUACCUGGAUACAUUGCCGAUCCAUUGUUGCUCAAAUGGUAUGGCACSAAUCCCCKAAGACACGAAGGCGAUCACCCCAGUCUGGAACGAUUCCGCGAGUUUAGUGCGUCGAAAUUCCGUCCCUUGUUAUCCGGUCUGAGUUAUCUGCAUCCCCAGGAACGCUACCUAUCGGCGUACCUGGGAUUGACGAAUUAUACCAACCCGUUUUCUGAGCCUCUCAUGAAACAACGGUUUUUCGCAAAAUCGGCCGAYMAUGCCAUCGACUUUGAACAAGACGUCUUCGUUCAUUUUGGAAAGAAAAAGAAUCCUUUCCGAAAACGUCUUUGGAAUAUCCUCUGUCCAAAUACGAAAACCAAUACCACCUCGUGCGGUGCGGAAACAAAUCGUGCUCCUCUUCAUGAAAUCUAUGUCGACAUGACGAAAUCAAGAGGUAGUUUGGGACAGGGCUACAAAUUUGGAAUAAGUCCACCGGGGAUGGGCUACGAUUGUUAUCGCCAUUACGAGAUGUGGUAUCUCGGYAUCAUUCCAGUGAUUUGGGAUAGAGAUCCAGAGAGCUACGARCUCUACGAGAACCUACCAGUGCUGCAACUGACUGCAGAUCAACAGAAGGUAUUGAAUUCUCGACAAGAUUUUGCCRGUGUCCUACAAGAGUUCUUGGAAAGCACAGAAUUUCGCRAUGCUGUUUCGAACGGAACCUACGAGCGCGGUUGGAACAGGCUCUUUCUCGGAGACAAACGCCGAGCAAUACUGAAGGACUCGGGCCGUGCCACCGUAGUCGACGAUACAAGUGGCACGGAAUAUUAUCCCGCCUACCGGUAUUUCUUGAGGGAAGACGUGUCCAAAGAAAAUGGGCCAAUCUCAAACRCCAGACGGGCAUCGGGGAAGGCAGACGAUCGCUCUGUGUAUUGUUACCAUGCCRAUGCCAACUGYGCGGUUCGUGACGGCGACGGUGGGGAUCGCAGUGUCGACUGGACGGACGAUCCGAAUCACGAGUACAACACCGUGGAUCAGGAAUGGAUAAAUCAAUGGGAAGAAACAAAAUGAACCCACAAGAACUAUCACGAAGCGAUCAUCGUGCUCKAAAGAAAUCUUUCCGACGGAAGUAACUCUAAAACCAGGCAACUUCAUUGAGACAUCAAUUGUCGUGCACGCGCAUUACAU